CUGGCCAGGGAGGUGCUGGGGCUGCUGGGGAGAAACCUCUCCGCGGAGGAACAUGGAUGGGGCCGGGCUCCGCAGAGGGCCCAGUCGGACUCAGUCAUCUUGCGGGGUAGCUGGUGCUGUUCACUGCACAUGACGGCUGCUAACCUGGCCACCUGAGCGCUGCAGCGAGGCCAUGGGGGGCGGGAAACAGAGCACGGGGUCGCUAAAGAGCUUAGAAGCUGGGCUCACUGGCAAUGGCACCAUUGGUCUUGACUCUGUGGCCAGCUGAAGCCAGGACUGAGCCCUGGGCCAGAAUAAGCUCUUGGAGGUGCCUGGGUUUAUCUGAUGAGGAGGGGCCUGUGGAAGGGGGGAAAAACUCCUCCAGAUGGAUGACAGCACUCAAAGUUACACCCGGUUGGACUUGACACUGCCUUCCAAGCUGUGAAGGUACCACAGACAAUGGGAUGUUGGGAUGGGUGAUGACUCCAAGCAGUAUCCUUGCCUUCCAACAGCCUUAGUCCGUGGAACCUGAGAGAUGGCACUUAGGGUCAUCAUUUAUGGGCCCUGGAGCUUUGGGGUGAGCUCCCCAGAAGCCUACCCAGAAGACCUGAGCUAUCCAUUGCUGCAGGAGCAGGAAGGCCUAGCUCUGACCCCUUGGAUCCCUUCAAGAGCAGGAGGCAUGACUGCCCCACAGGAGGCCAUGAGGCAAGAGACUAGGGCACCAGCUGAGGGGCGUGGUUCUCCCUGGCACCAGCCCACCUCUUAGGGUCUCCCACUGGCUGGGAGGGAUCAGAGGAGUGUGGCUUCUUGCGUGAGGGGAGUUCUGAGCUAAGGUCAGCGUACCUUCUAACCAUCUGCUCUCAAAUCAAGGACCAGACGGCCUGAUAGGAGCACUCAGGCAGGAGGUGGUGGCCAAGGUCAAGAGAAGUAUAAAGGACGAGGGGAGGGGCAGAGCAGAGCGGGGCAAAGUGAGACCUCUGACUCAGGACAGGCAGGCUGCUGACUGGCUAUGACCCUGGAAGAGUCACCAGCCUUACUGCCCUCACCAGGGACAGUGCCUGGCCUGUCCUCCCCUUCGUUCUGCUCCUCUGGGCUCAGCUGCAUCCUGCUCUGGAAGAGGGUCAUCACAAAGCUACAGCCGGGAAGCACUGCCUGAGCCGUUGCCCAUCUCCCGCCAGGGGCGUCCUCGGGGCCGCAGCUUUGUCACCCCACACCUUCGGCUCAGGGUGGCCUCCGCAUCCUCAGCACACCCCUGGCAUGAGGCGCGUGGCUGAGAAACGGGGGGUGGAGCCGGAGCUGGAGUAGCUUUAGGAGCCAAGAUGAGCCCUCAGCUGUCACAGGCUCUGAACAAAGUGCAGGAGUCCUGGCCCUGCGCGGUUUAUGGCUGACUUGGACCAACUUUGUGGGUCAGCCGGGAACCCACAGCCUGUGACACUCCUCAGCCCCAUCCCCGCGCAUGCUGGAGGUCGCAGGUGACUCACCGUCUUCACUGGAAGCUUUGUGCAAGUUGGGGCAAGUCCCCCAGGAAGCGGACCUGACGAUGCCACCCCCGCUGAAGGAUGCUCUCACCCUCAGAAUAGAGGUCAGCGGAUGUGUCCUUCGACUAUUUGCCACCCGAGUGCCACGCCCACCUCCCAGAGCUGGCACAGGGUUUGGUUCAGGCAUAUGAAUUCCUGAUUCCUAGUCCGGCAGUACUGGUUGGGCCUCCUCACCUGCCUUCCAGCCAACACUCCUGCUCUCUCCCUGCUGUCCCUUCGCCAGGUUACCCCUGCUCGCCCUGCAGCUCUACGAUUCUAUGCCAUGCCCCAGAAGCCUUCCCUGACCCUCACACCUGGGUUAAGCGCCCUUUCUAUGCGCUGUUAGGGCCUGAAGAGAACAGGGCUGUGCCUGUCCUGUUCACUGUUAUGCCCAGUGUCACCCAGCGCCUGGCACACUGAAGGGACUAGAUAAAAACUGUUGUAAAGAGUGAACGAACUGUGUGUGUUUGCAUCUUACAGUGUGUUAGGACUGGGGAGCCCCACCUCCAAUGCCUUUGGUAUUCACUGCAGCCCAAGAUUAAAGCCUCUGGCUGAAGUGUGUGCUGAACAGGAGUUAACUGGGUGUUUCCGCCUGCUGGGGUAGGGACGCUUUGCUGGGAGGGGCCGGAACUGCUGGGAGGCCCUCUGUCCUUCCCACACAGGAGCAAGGGUAGGAUUGCCAGACAAAAUACAGGGCGCCCGUUAGAUUUGAAUUUUGGAUAAACAGCAAAUACAUUUUUAGUAUAUUGCAUGUCAUACGUGGGACAUACUUAUGCCAAAAAAAUAUUAAAUUCAAAUGGAAUGGGGCAUCCUGGGGUAUUUUCCUUCUUUUUAAGUCUGGGAACCCUAGCAAGGCAGACAUGAUGCGCCAGGUGCUAGGGGGUCUGAGGUCCUUCUACAAGGUACAUUCUGUUCACUGUCUGGGUCCUUCCUGCUCUUUAAAUGCUUUUGGGCAAAGAACAAGGUGAGCUCAAGACGUGGUUUCCCAGGGCUGUCACUCGCACACUUAAUCCACUGUAUCUCCCUACAUCUCAACCCCUGAACCAGGCUACUGGACUGGACGGUUAGGGAAAGCCUCUCUGAGGAGGGGAUGUUUGAGCUGAGAUUUGAAGGAAUGAGCCAAGUGGUGACUGGGGAAGAACGUUCCAAAGGAGAGUGGGUGUGAACUUGGUGAGUCUGAGGAACGUAAAGGCUAGUGGAGUGGAGUGGAUUGAGUGCAGGAAGGGAGGGGUUUACAUGGAAGACCUUGGGCCACAUCCGUGGUCUCCAAGAAGGGGAGUUAAGGCUGCACUCCUUGCUGGUCACCGCCCCCAGCUGUAGGGUGGAUGCUUCUCUGGCCUCCAAGGCUGAGUCUCAGCGGCAAAGAUGGGGGAGGAAGGGAGUGAGUGUCUGCCGUCUGGGGUUAGGGGUUCUGGCAGCAGCGGCAAAGCCACGGGGCCUGGUUCUUGACUGCAGUUUGGUGGGAUCUCCAGCUCUUAAAAAUGGCGUGGAGCCAUGAGUGCUUAGAGCUAAGACCCCAUGUGACUGGUCCCUGUGGAGAGCCACCUCCAUGCCCUCCUGAGAGCACUGCUAGGAGCCAGGUGUGCUCUCCUUUCUAGGGGAAAAUGCUGCAGCCCAGGGCCACAGGGCCACGGGGUGGGGAGGACGCAAAAGGCUCCAUCUCACCUCAGCAGGAGUCUCUCUCCUGGCUUUGGAACGGGUUGAAAGCCCUACACCAGGAAACUCAAAUCAGGUCCCCAGUGAGGCUCUGCUCCUUUGUGCAGCCCUGCCCACCCCAGUCCUCCUCAAAUACGCAGGCCAAAGAACAGGAAAUGGCUCCUUUCCAAGGACUCAACUCACAAGACACUUGUUGCCUGCUGUUUGCCUACCGGCCUGUGAAGGAAGCUGUUUCUUAAUUUAAAAUGUCCAUUAACUCCCUCCAGCUGGAAAGCUACCCCAACAAAACUUCUGUUUGUGGCGGGUUUAACCUUGGUCAUUCUGAGGGCGGGGGCCCAGCUGGGUUUGCCCCAUCGGAAGGUGUGCCCAGAGCAGUGGGCACCCUUAGGUGUCUUGCCUUGGCUUGAGAGUAUGUUCUCUCUGUCAGGAGGUAUUGGAUCCCCGAGGCCCACCUUGGCCAGGGCCCUUGGGAAGCCCACAGUGCUGGGGCAGGGGGUGGGGGUGAUGUCCCUUUGCUGAGGCUCUUUUAUGUCUCCAGGGGAGGAAACCCCAUUUCCCUACUACCAUCAGGCCCUCGGUGAGUCCUGCCGACAGGAAAGAACCUUUUGUUCUGAGCUUGUAGGAAAUCUGAGCUGGACUUGUUAUCUACCCACAGCACUUCCUGGAUAGGGGGCCUGGACGGGACUGUACUAGGGGCUGGCUCCCAGCCGUGGCCUUGGUUCCUUCCUCUCUUAGCGUCUGGGGCCGGGGAGGCUGCCCAUGGCAAGGUCUAGGCCUUCACGAAAGGCUGAGCGACACCUCCACCAUCGGCUGCAAGGAAGGGGCGAGUCCCUCAGGGCUGCAGGAGCGGCAAGGUAGGCCAAGGUCCGGCCACUCCUGACACCUAGUGGCCACCUGAGUCCGGGGCAGGGCGCGGGAAGAGCAGGGGGCCUGUACUCCCGUUCUUCUGGCCGGCAUCCCCCUUCCCUCUGCCCGGGGCCCGGCCCCAGCAGCCCCGGCAGCCCAUCCCGCCUCAGCCUCGCCCUCGGCCUCCGAGUCAGGCCUGGACUUGGAGGCCUCUUACAACCACGGGUGGGUCGCAGAACCCCAUACGCCCCCAAACGUGGCGGACCCGGGAAGCCAGGUCGUGAGGCCCGGAUUCGAAGGUUACCCGAGCUCGGGUCCGGAGGCCGCCGUUCUCGCGCCGCACGCCCGAGCACGCGGGCGUCAAGACUCGGGCCCGGAGUCUGGCGGGACCCCGUCCCUAGACCCGGGACCUUGGGGGGCCGGGCCCGGUCCCAGGUGCGCGGACCCGCCGGGGGCACUUCCGGUCCCCGCGCCCCCCCACGCCCGUCGCGUAGUCCGCCGGGCUGCCAACCCGCUGCAGCCACCCGGUCGCCAUGGAGACGCGGUAACUCCGAAGUCCGCGCGGCUGGCCGAACCGGCAGAACAGCCCGGGCGUGGCGCGGGCAGCUCGCGGGCCAGUCGGCAGCGCGACGCUGCGCAGCGUGGACAACGUCCGUGCUCGAUGUCCAGCCAGGUAGGUGGCCGGGGCGGGUAGGGGAGAGUCGAGGCCUGGCGCGGAGUCGGGAGGGGCCCCGGGUGUGUGCGGGGGGACGGCGAGCUCAGGUGUGCCCGGCCUGGGGCGGGACCGCGCCCGCGCCGGGACAGGCCGGGAUCCCGGCGCCGCAGCCAGUCUUUCUUUUUCCCUCUCCUGCCGCCACACCUGACUCACCUCACCUGCUUCCCCCGGCUCGGGGCCACCGAGCAAGGCCCGAGUUUAGGAGCUCAUCCCACUCCUGCCUGGAGCUGUCAGCCGUCGGCCCCGGGUCUGCCUCUGUGCCCAGUCUCCGCGGAAGUUAGCACGGAGCGGCAGCCUUUUCUCCCAGGAGAGCCCACGGGGGACACCAAUGCUUGAUGCUAUGUUACUAGCCUGAGAAAGUGCAGAGCCACACCCCAAGCAGGCAACCCCUGUAGGAAAUCCAAAGGAGUGGCCACCCCAGUGUGGUGAAGCCAGCGUGGACUGUGCAGUCGCCUCGGCAUAGAGCCGCCUCAGCAUGGACAGCCCUGCCCGCCCAGCACCUGCCCCUGCGGCCCUGCUUUACUAUGUGGCCUUCUCCCAGCUGCUGGGCCUGGCCGUGGUGGCCACGACUGGCACCUGGCUCGGUGUGUACCGAGGAGGCAUCGCCUGGGAGAGCGCCCUGCAGUUCAACGUGCAUCCUCUCUGCAUGAUCAUAGGCCUGGUCUUCUUGCAGGGAGAUGCCCUGCUGGUUUACCGUGUCUUCAGGAAUGAGGCCAAACGCACCACCAAAGUUCUGCACGGGCUGCUGCACGUCUUCGCCUUCGUCAUCGCCCUGGUGGGCCUGGUGGCGGUGUUCGACUACCACAGGAAGAAAGGCUACGCCGACCUGUACAGCCUGCACAGCUGGUGUGGCAUUCUGGUCUUCGUCCUCUUCUUUGUGCAGUGGCUCAUGGGCUUUAGCUUCUUCCUGUUCCCCGGCGCGUCGUUUUCUCUGCGGAGCCGCUACCGGCCGCAGCACGUCUUCCUUGGCGGCGCCAUCUUCCUCCUCUCGGUGGGCACCGCCCUGCUGGGCCUGAAGGAGGCGCUGCUGUUCGAGCUCGGGACCAAGUACAGCAAGUUCGAGCCCGAGGGCGUCCUGGCCAACGUGCUGGGCCUGCUGCUGGCCGCCUUCGGCGCGGUCGUGCUCUACAUCCUGAGCCGCGCCGACUGGAAGCGGCCCCUCCAGGCGGAAGAGCAAGCGCUCUCCAUGGACUUCAAGACGCUGACGGAGGGCGACAGCCCCAGCUCCCAGUGACGCGCGCCCCGUGCCAUCCCGUCCUGUCCCCCGAGGCGGUCUCCGCCGUUUCGGGGCCCCGACAGGUGUCUGUCCCGCACCCGCCGAGGCUCCGGGGGUGGGGAGCGGGGGUGGGGCAGCCCUCCUCCCUGAGCGCUGAUUUCCGGGGUUCAGGCCCCCUCCGCUUUCCCCUCCUCGCUGCUGCUGCCGCCGCCGCUGCCGUCGUGUUAGUCCUGCGCAGACCCCCGCCCCCCUUGCCCCUGCCACCCCCUCAGAUGGAGCAGCUUUGGGUAGGGUUCUGGGCGGUUGGGCCUGGUCGCAGAAGCACAGAUCCUUAAAGGGGUUGGAGAGGGGGAGGCGGCUCCCCGCUCGGGGCAGCGGGGCCUGGGCUGUGUCCGCGGAGAAGGCGGGGCUCAGCGCCGGGCCCGGCGAGGCCAAGACUUGCUUUGUGUGACACGGAACUCCAACCAGGAGUCUUGCGGGCCCAGCCUUUGGCAGCGGAGCAAGUGAUAUUAUGUGUAAAAUAUGCUGGUGUCAGGGCAGGGUUCCCCAGCAGAGGGGAGGGACUGGCCCUUGGGAAGCUCUGGACGCGUGGCUUGGGCCCAGCGGCGCUCUGCAGCCUUCUCUUUCUUUAACCCCUUAGCCCGAGGGCGGCUUUCUUUGCCUUUGGGGCCCAGCAGCCCGAAGAAGAGGCAGGAGGUGGGCCUCGGCGGGCGCUGCGGGCCGUAUGCCGCCUGCAGGGGCUCCCCUCCCCGCGGGGGCCGGCCUCGCGAGCCAGCUGCCCCCCCUCGGAGCUCACUCAGGCGGUGCUCUGACAGAGGCCCAGGACACAAGCCUUUUUGCUUUAAACAAAAAGCUGCCGCUAUUGCCCCCUUUCCCUUUCCAUAGGGAGGGUAGGGGCUGCCUAAUCAGGAGGAAAGCCUCAUCCUCUCCUACCUGGGGCCCAUCUUUGCAGGAAGUUGGGACCAAGUCAGAAUCGGAUUAAUCCCCCCAACCCCAUGAGUGUGUAAUGCUGUUAGCUGAGUCACCGUUUGGCUUCUGUCUAGAAAUAACGUGAUUACAGCAUCGAUCUUGUGCUUCUCGGACUUGGUGAAUGCUCUCUCCUUGUUUUCCUCGUUUUCUGGGCUUUGAGGAGCAUGACACUGUUUGAGACAAGACACAGUUUACUUAAAUGAAGACAUUAAUAAAAUUUCCAAAUCUGA